ACAGAUGGAAUUGGAUGGAUGCUACCACAAUGUCAGGACCAGGAAAUCUACAUUUUGGUAAAUACUCGGAAGCACACUGACUUGUGGAUGGCACCCCCAAAAUGCAUGUCCUUAUCUUAACAGCUAUUGAACAUGCUGGCUUUAAAGAAUCUGUUUUGGGAUUGUUGUUUUUACAUACGCUUCCUCUGGAGUUAACAUUAGGGAUGAGUAAAAUGAUUAUUUCUCCCUUCCUGAUACUUUAGGAACAUCACACAAUGAAUUCUGUCAUUGUCCUCUAUUUUAAGUGUGCAAAUCACUAAAGAAACUUGCUGCAUGUGUUUCAAUUACUUGAAUCCCUUUCCAAUACACAUUUCCCAAUCCCAGCUGAUGCUGGAAGGAGAAAUUCAUCCUCUUUGCACUUGACAGCUACCGCAGCACUCAGAGGGGAAAGCAGGAAGUUACAAUGACCUCUCUCUCUAUUCCCUCCCUGGGUCUGCGAAGUACCUUGUCUCACUUUCUUAGCCAUUCCCAAAGCAGCUCACUGUUGUUUUUAUAACUGUAAUGACCCUGCUAUAAAUUCAUCACUGUAAAUCCUCUCCUUUUAUUUGCAGUGGUGGAACUAUUUAAUACAGCUGGCUGCUGCUACUGCAGGGGGGUUAGGAAAUUAAAGAACAUGUAGCUGAGACGUCUUUAUUUCUGUUCAUUAUGUUGGUGUUUUACACACACACACACACACACACACACACAUUUCUAAAUCUGAUUCAUACUUGUAAAUUCUAAUGCGAAGUAGAGAAGGAAAUGCCAACAAUAUAGGGAGAUGUAGAAAUGGUUUCACAUGGUGGGUUGAAUCUGAAACUGAUGGUAGGAGGUGUGUUGAUUUUAAGGGGUUUGGAUGUAUGAUUGAUUGACUUAAUUUUCAAGUAGCUUGGACUACUGCAAUGUGUUCUACGUGGGGCUACCUUUGAAGGUGACCUGGAAACUACAACUAAUCCAGAAUGCGGCAGCUAGACUGGUGACUGGGAGCGGCCGCCAAGACCACAUAACACCAGUCUUGAAAGACCUACAUUGGCUCCCAGUACGUUUCUGAGCACAGUGGUUGGUGCUGACCUUUAAAGCCCUAAACGGCCUUGGCCUUGGCCCAGUAUACCUGAAGGAGUAUCUCCACCCCCAUCGCUCAGCCCGGACACUGAGGUCCAGCACCGAGGGCCUUCUGGCGGUUCCCUCAUUGUGAGAGGCAAAGCUACAGGGAACCAAGCAGAGGGCCUUCUCGGUAGUGGCGCCCACCCUGUGGAAUGCCCUCCCAUCACAUGUAAAAGAGAUAAACAACUACCUGACAUUCAUAAGACAUCUGAAGGCAGCCUUCUUCAGGGAAGUUUUUAAUGUGUGACAUUUUAGUGUAUUUUUGGUCUUUGUUGGAAGUCACCCAGAGUGGCUGGGGUACAAAUAAUAAAUUAUUAUUAUUAUUAUUAUUAUUAUUAUUAUUAUUAUUAUAUCCCACUGUUCACCAAAAGAUCUCAGGGUGGUUCACAAAAUAAAAACACAAGAUAAACACACAAAACACAAAAUUAAAAACAAGAACAAAACGAACCAAUAACCCCACCCCCAGGUUGGCAUCCGUCUGUCUCAGAAGGCAAUGGAAGAGUGUGUCUUUGGGGGUGAGGUCCAGCCUGCUGGAAGGUUGCAGUUCCUGCCGUGGCUGAUGCAGUAAAGGACAUAACACAUAGGCCUUCUAUUGUUCUGGCAAGACCUGAACUGAAAGACAAAGGUCAUGGGUGACCUCAGGCUACUCACUGCCUCUGAGGCCAAAACGACCUCACAGGAUGGUUGUGGGGAUGCAAUAAGGAGGGGAGAACCAUGUACACCAUCUUGAACUCCUUGGAGAAGAGGGCGGGACACUUCUCACAUAGAGGGAACCGCCACAAGGCCCUCGGAGCUGAACUUUGAUGGCUGAAAACCUUAAAUAAAAUUGAUUUUUAAAAAGAAAACACAUUAUGGUGGUACUUUAAAGCAAGGGGAAGGAGCCAGCCCAACAGCUAAGCCAGUGCUGAGUUCACUACUGGCAUGCAAAUCUAUACAGUGGUACCUCAGGUUACAUACGCUUCAGGUUACAGACUCUGCUAGCCCAGAAAUAGUGCUUCAGAUUAAGAACUUUGCUUCAGGAUGAGAACAGAAAUUGUGUUCUGGCGGCGCAGCGGCAGCAGGAGGCCCCAUUAGCUAAAGUGGUACCUCAGGUUAAGAACAGUUUCAGGUUAAGUACGGACCUCCGGAACAAAUUAAGUACUUAACAUGAGGUACCACUGUACAGCAAACUGGGAAACUGGGAGGAAGACAGUCUGAAAGAUUCCCUAAAAAUCGUUUCUUCAUAUUACAUCUGUCUUUGCCCUAGUACGGCUCAAUUUUUAUGAUGCGGCGAUGGUUUUGCAAAGAGUCGUCGAGAAAGAGCACCCUUCCCUGGGCCUGUGGAGUCAGGCUAUGAGGCCACCACGGAUAGUCUGAAUUUUCGGUUCAAAAUGCCCCUGACUCCCAAGGAAACAAAAUAAAUGGGCAGGAAACCUAUUUCAGAUGUACUGCACUGUGCUGUGUCUGAAAGGGAAAGGAAACUUAUUACUCACAGAUGUACUUCAGCAAACUUAGGGAUGAAGCCAUGAAGGGCCCCUUAGUAUUUUCUUUGGCCUCUGCACAAACUGUUGACAUCAUUUUAGUAUUCACCAUUCAUCUACUGCUCUUUGGGGCUUAAGGCUGCGUGCAAGCUGCAUUCAGAGCCCGGGGAAGGUCUGGUCAAUAGCUUGGGGGAUUUUUCAGGGAACUUACGCAUCUCUCUCUCCCCGCAACCCCGUUCUUUUAUCUGAUUCUCAGAUAAAAAUGGGACUAGCAACUGAUUUGCCAAGCAGCCAUGAUGGUGAAAUGCAGUUCCUGCAGCCUUCAGCACUCCCACCAGCAAAACACAAGAAUAACUCAGCAACCCAAGCAGCCAACUCCACAGCAGCCCUCAGAUUUCUUCAGCCAUGCGCCAGCCACAGGUUUUGCACAGUGAUGGCUACCCCCCCCCUCAAAAAAGGUGAUUGCCAUUCAAAUGGUGUGCAUGCACUGUGUCAUGUGAUUGAUUAUGAGGGGCAGGACUUACCUGCCCCCCCUCCCCCAAAAUUUGAUUAAAGUUGGCACCCCCGCCAUUCCAAAUCUCUUUUGUUCUCUCACCUUUCUUUGGCUAAUACUUUGGAGGGCGACACCUUUUUCAUCAUAAUAACAACGCCAAGUAUUGUGAUGAAAUAUAAUCUUCUAGAAGUGUGUUGCAGUUGAGGCGAUGAGGAGAACUAGUACAAGCUGUGGUACAUGACAAUUUUUGAAAUAUAUAGCUAAAGCAGGAAUUAUAUGUUGUGCAUCUGUCUGUGGGUGUGAGAGAGAGAAAGAUAAUAAUAAUAAUAAUAAUAAUAAUAAUAAUAAUAAUAAUAUUUCUACCCUGCCCAUCUGGAUGGGUUUCCCCAGCCACACUCGGCAGCUUCCAACAACAGAUUAAAAAUACAUUAAAACAUCAGUCAUUAAAAACUUCCCUAAACAGGGCUGCCUUCAGAUGAUUUUUAUUGAUUUGGGGGGGUGGGGGCAGCUACCCCUCCCUGCCCCCCCUUGGCCUUGCCCAUGUAUAGGGCUACCUUCAGAUGUCUUCCAAAAGUCAGUUGUUUAUUUCCUUGACAUCUGAUGGGAGGGCGUUCCACAGGGCAGGUGCCACCACUGAGAAGGCCCUCUGCCUGGUUCCCUGUAACCUCACUUCUCACAGUGAGGGAACUGCCAGAAGGCCCUCGGCGCUGGACAAUCAAGGAAAAUCAAGCAAUUUCCCAAAAGCCCCAUAAGGCACAUGCCUUCAUCCAAAGUAGCUUUCAUUGUAUGCUGUUGAAUCAAAUUAGUCACGCUUAGAAAGAACUCCGGUCUCUUCUGGACAUUCUUCCUCGGCACUAACCCUUGAGCACCUCUUCCUACCUCUAGACUUCCCACCCAGCCAGGUGCCUGUUUCUGAGUAUUCUUCUGAGAAGCCCCCUUUAUACCGAUAGAUAAAUGGUGUGUGUUUGCCUUAAUUACAGUAACAUGUUGUCCUUUUCAUUUAUGUUGGCGCAAUCCGCUUUUGACAUUGUGUCAUAAAAGUUUAUGUGCUGUGUUCUCUCGGCUCCUUACUAAUAUCCCAGCCGCUCUCCCUGGCUAUCCGAAAUCAAUACCGUUGCUCCUCUCUCUUGAUACACACACGUGCACAGGCAUAAGAGCAAUGAACGGGGCCGCAAUAUGCAUGCAGGCAAUUUGCAGGGCUGACAAACGACUCUCCUGAGGGGUGGGGGGUAAGGCAGGACAAUGAGGAUCACAGUUGUCAUAUCCGAGGUACCCAGGUACCUCUUGUCACAUCUAAAAAUUGGGUUCAGUUUCUGUGUCUUUCUGUCAAUGGGUAGCAAAACGCAGGGGGGGGGGUACGAAGAGGAGCCAGGAAAGAGAAGCAUGUAAAUUAGGGACCCCUUGCAAUCAAUUUUUACUUGCAGCUGGUGGAUUGUAAUCAAUGUUAAUUAACCAGGCUCCUUUUCAGAACAGGCCAGAUCAGGAGAGCAACUGCAUAUAUUCUUGUCUGUGACAACAGGCUCUACGAGUUUUCAGGAAGCGAGAGAGUGAUGGGUCUGUGAGUAGCAAGAGAAAACAAGAUUAAGAGAGAGAUAGAAAAUGGAGGUUUCCUGAAGCACUUCAUAGUGGUGAUAGCUUUAGAAUUAUGUAGUCUGAGAGGCAGUAGCCUAAGGUAGCAUAUAGCCAAAUUCUAUUAAUUCAGUGGGACUUACUCCCAAGUAAGCGUGCACAGGACAGUAGACCUAGUAGUCAUUUUGUUCAUCUCUUUUAUGACAUGAGGGAUGCAGGUGGUGCUGUGGGUUAAACCACAGAGCCUAGGACUUGCCAAUCAGAAGGUCGGCGGUUUGAAUCCCCGCGACGAGGUGAGCUCCCGUUGUUCGGUCCCUGCUCCUGCCAACCUAGCAGUUCGAAAGCCAAGCCAGCACGAGUAGAUAAAUAGGUACCGCUCCGGCGGGAAGGUAAACAGCGUUUCCGUGUGCUGCUCUGGUUCGCCAGAAGCGGCUUAGUCAUGCUGGCCACAUGACCCGGAAGCUGUACGCCGGCUCCCUCGGCCAAUAAAGCGAGAUGAGGGCUGCAACCCUAGAGUCAGUCACGACUGGACCUAAUGGUCAGGGGUCCCUUUACCUUUACCUUUAUAACAUGAACGUUUACAAUCUCGAUCCAGAUACAUUGGGAAUGGUUCUUUUGCAACUGCUACCAAACUCUGAAUUGCAUGUACAUAUGAAAACUGAACCAUUCAUUCCACACACCCCAGAAGAUAUCACCUGCAGAUGGCAGAAGGCUGCAUCAGAAAGCCCGAUUGGCCUUUCAGAACAGGAGACUUCCUGUCCACAAAGACAAAACUGGUUUUUUAAAACCCACAGGACAUGAUAGUGGGGAGGAAAUGCCACUCACAAGAUUUAUAUACCCUCCUUUAUGCAAAUCUCCCUGCUCUAUUUAUUGUUGCAUUCAGUGACUAAAGCUGUUUUUCCAGGCUCUUUUGAUGACAAUCAGAACUGAGGCUGAACUCAGGAAUGAAAUAAAUAGAGCAACGCAAACUAUAUUUUUUUCAUAUCUUGAAAAAGAACUUGAAAUGAGAUACAUGACCAGAAUGUGGGUUGUCAUUCACAAUGACUGUCUUUCCUUAUUCUUAGCGUAUGGUCCCCCUGAGUAAAAACUGUACCGCCAGUAUCUGCCUAGAGAAUUUGCAGUCAUUGGAAGCCACCGAGAAAGUAGAACGUGACUCUUGCAA